AUGUCUUCUCUCGCACGCUUCGCUCCCCUGACCGCUCGGGUCGCUGCUGUUCGCACGACCACUCCUGCCUUCACUGCAGGUGGCAGAUUCAUCUCCUCGACACCCAAGAACGAGAAGGGUCCUGUGGAGGCAACCAAGGACACACUGAAGAAGGCGGACAGAGUUAUCUCCGAUAAUCUUGUGAAGGGUAUCAACAAGGGUGAACAAGCGACAGAGAAGGUCAAGCAGACGGUGGGAAGCUCAACUGAGGAAGCCAAGUACAAGGCAGAGGGAAUGAAGGAGGAGAUGAAGGGCGAGGCCUCGGGAAAAGCGAGCGAGACCAAGGGUAAGGCCAAGGAGACUCUUGGCGAGGCCAAGGGUAAAGCUAAGGAGGUAUAUGGUGAGGCCAAGGGCAAGGCAAAGGAGAUGGGUAACAUGUGA